AUGUUGUGGUCUAAAGGGCGCCUGCCCAACCCGGGGACUGUCCUCGUCCCUUCCCAUUCAUAUGCUCGUCGCAUGCUGUUGACCUUUGCACUGGUCUACUCUUUCCUUAUCCUGCUUACCCGAUGGCACACUUUCCGUGACCCAACAUCGGCUUUCUUCGACCCUUCUACCGGGUACCUGCCCGCCUAUUCGACGGUGCGAUUCCAGCAGGCUGAUCGCUACAUCGAAGAUGCCAACCUGGGCGCCGCUUACACGCAAUGGAGGGCUUCAGAAAACCCUCGCAUGUGUCUGGGCGUCGCCUCGAUUGCUCGAAAAGGCGCUCAGUACCUCAGGGGCUCAGUGGGCUCAAUGCUGGAAGGUUUGAGCGAGGCCGAGCGCGCAAACAUGCAUUUGAUUCUUUUCAUCGCACAUACCAAUGCAUCGGAACAUCCUGCAUAUUCCGAGCCAUGGCUCCACAACGUGGCCGAUCAAGUCCUGCUGUACAACGAAACGGAUGUUGACAUCGACCACAUUCACGACCUCGAGACAGAUUCGGCCAAGUUCUUCGCUCGAGAAAAGGCCUUGUUUGACUACACGUAUUUGCUUAAGGCAUGCCAGGCGGCCAAUACUUCCAUCGUCGCUAUGGUGGAAGAUGAUGUUCUAGCUCUGGAUGGAUGGUUCCAUCGGACGCUGCUCGCCGUCGAUGCGGCAGAUCAAAUGACGCUCGACAAGGGCGCGUCUAAGUGGCUCUACCUGCGUCUCUUCUACACCGAACAACUACUCGGCUGGAAUUCCGAGGAAUGGCCGGCCUACCUCUUCGGCUCCAUCGUCACCGUCGGCUUCGUCAUUUGCGCCCUACUGGGAAUGCGUCGCUACCAGCCUAGAACACGCCCAAUGCUUCCCGACGAUACGAUCUUGCUUCUCAGCUUCGUAUGCACCCCGCUGCUUAUCGGACUCUACUUUGCUGCCGGAAGAGUGACCAUGCGCCCCAUCUCACCGGGAGUGCAUGAGAUGUCUCGAUUUGGAUGCUGCUCACAAGGCUUUGUGUUCCCGCAAUCGCGAGUACCCGAUCUCAUCCAUCUCUACGAGGAGAAGAAGGCCGGGUAUGUUGACAUGCUCACGGAAGACUUUGCUAAUGCCAAUAACGAGAUUCGAUAUGCGAUCACCCCGAGCGUCCUGCAGCAUGUAGGGCGGAAGAGUUCUAAGGAAGCGGAUUGGAACAAUACAAAGCCCAAACAAGGUAUUACGGAUCUAUGGAACUUUGCCUACGAAUUGAAUGAUCCCACGUCUUUGAGCCAGGAACACGAUGCCUUCCGGGAGCCCCUAUAG